UGUGAGCCCUGACCGCUAAUUCCGACCAUGCAAUUGCAGGUCAGCGGCAUAAUUUGGUGACGAGAUUUUAACUUGCCAUGUGUAUUCAAGAUGGAGUGUCUGCUACUAAGAAAUGUUUGUGGCAUUGACAGCCAUGACAGGUCACAGCUUUUGGAUCUAAGCCUUUGAUCCUUGAUUACUGAGGACCAUGGAGAGUGAAGCUAAGGAGGAUUUCUCUGGCAGAGCCCCAGCACAAAUGAACAAAUCAAAGUCUGAAAAGAAGAAAACACCAAAGCAGCUGAAGAAAGCUAAGUGUCCUGCCACAAUGGAUGAGCCUCCUUCAGUGGUUUUGGAAUUAUUGCCUGAAGUGCGGUUUCCAAGGCCAGAGCCAGAGGCUCAUUUGAUUGCAAAGCCUCUGAAGAAAGACAAAGCAUGUCUCUUUAUUCCUGAGAAUGCUGCUGCUUCUGGCUCAGAGUCGAUGCCAGAGGUUGGGAAUCAGAGUGCUCCAGCAAAAAGUCCCAAGAAACUGACGAAGACAACACUGUCUGGUGUUGCUCGUGAAGACCCAGCAGUAUCCGGCGCAGAAUCACUUCCUGAGGUCGGUGUGGCAUCUAAGGGUACUUCCCGCAAACGCCGCGUUGUGCCCUCUCGGUACAAAGAGUCUGCAAAAAACCGUGCCGCCGCCACGCCCACGAAGCGUUUGGAGGCGUCUGGUAUCUCCAUCAAUGAGAGCAGACUCUUCUCCACCGCUACAGCCAGCACCCCGAAUUCCACCAUCGGAAAGAAGGAAGGAACCGUCAUAAAAUCUCAACCCAAGCAGCCCCCAAAGAUGGCGAAUUUGCCACUCUCUGACAAAACCGCACCCAAAAUAAAGAAAUCCAACAAGACUGCCACCGUCAAAGUGAAGCCCAUGCGCGCCAUUGAUGCGACAAAAGCUCAGACGGUUGGGGACGCUGAUCGGGUGCCUGAGCACCAGCUGCUGUACAACCAGUACCUGCAGUGGACCUACCUCUGCAGGGUGACCGAGGCGUCCAUCAAGAGGGAGCUGCCGCAGCUCAACUUUCAGGCGCGCCAGCUGAGCGCGCUGGUGGAGGGCGCGCGUGAGGAGAAGCUGGAGCUGGAGCGGAAGCUGCAGGCGGUAACGCUGUACCGCGAGAUGGCGCGGCUCGAGCACGAGCUGACUAUCGUUCUCGGGGCCAUCAACGGCUCGGCGGACGCGGUCCGGGGCGACCUCAGUCGGCUGACCACCAUUCUCGACGCCACGCGGAACAGGCUGCAACUGAAGCACUUCACCGAGCCGACAGAUGUCGCCCGAUACGCGGAGGACCUGCUGCAGGCGGCCGAGCGGUGCCGGGACGCCGUCAGUGCGCUGAGUGACGUCACCGCGCCGCACUCCAGCCUACUGAAGCACACGGCCGAGUCGGUCAGCAGUCUUCAGCAGGCGCUACGGGGCGGCAUGGACGACACACAGAGGUCGGCGGAGCUGCUGCGGGAGCUGAACUCGCUGACGCUGCAGGAGGCGUCGCUGGCGGUGGGCAGCUCAGGGCAGUGACGGCGGACCGGACCCGGAGGCCGGA